CACACAUUUCACGUUCUAAUUCACUUUCACGUCAAUUUCAAAGUACAACACAGUCACCUAGGAAGCUAAACUUUUUUUUAUUAAUUAUUUAUUAUCUCAAUCCCAACUCACCGACGCCGUCCAAACAAAACUCCACCCUUUCUAUAAAUACAUCUCAGCUAAUAAUAUCAAACAAAAAAGGUACAGCUCAGCUACUAAACUAUGAACCCACCGCCGCAAGCCUGGCCCGAGCCCAUCGUUCGGGUCCAAACCCUUUCCGAGUCAUGCACCGACUCAAUCCCCGAGCGUUACAUCAAACCCCCCUCGGCCCGCCCCUCCUUCGGGCCGGGCCCGAUUGAGGCCGACAACAUCCCGUUAAUCGACCUCGACCCAGCCCUCCGUGGGCCCAUGACGCGGCUCGUGGACGAGGCGUGCCGCGAGUGGAGUUUCUUCCAGGUCGUGAACCACGGGGUUCGGCCCGAACUCAUGGACCGGGCCCGGAAGGUUUGGCGGGAAUUUUUCGGGCUUCCGAUGGAGGUGAAGCAAUCUUACGCAAACUCCCCCGCGACUUACGAGGGUUACGGGAGCCGCCUCGGAGUCGAGAAGGGCGCCGUGCUCGAUUGGAGCGAUUAUUAUUUCCUUCACUAUUUGCCCUCCCACUUGAGGGAUUUCGCCAAAUGGCCCGCACUUCCCGUCGAGCUGAGGGAGGUUAUCGACGAGUAUUCUCGGGAGAUAGUGAGGUUGGGAGGGGUUUUGUUGAAGAUACUGUCGUUGAACCUGGGAUUGAAGGAGGAUUAUCUGCAGGAGGCGUUCGGAGGGGAAGAUGUCGGGGCGUGUUUGCGGGUCAACUUCUACCCGAAGUGCCCGCAGCCGGAUUUGACGCUGGGCCUGUCGUCGCAUUCGGAUCCGGGCGGGAUGACGUUUCUGUUGCCGGAUGAAAAUGUGCCGGGGCUCCAAGUCCGGCGGGGAGAUGGGUGGGUCACGGUGAAACCCGCCCCGCAUGCAUUCAUAGUUAAUAUUGGGGAUCAGUUGCAGGUGCUGAGCAAUGCCAUCUACAAAAGCGUGGAACACAGAGUGAUAGUCAAUUCCAACCAAGAGCGCAUUUCACUGGCCUAUUUCUACAACCCAAAAAGCGAUUUGCUCAUACAGCCCGCGAAGGAAUUGGUGAAACCGGACAGACCCGCACUGUACGGAGCCAUGACCUUUGAUGAAUACAGGCUCUACAUUAGGACCAAGGGCCCCAAAGGAAAAGCCCAAUUAGGAGAAUCCACAGAUUCUCCUAAUCAUGACAAUCCCCCCUUAUAUAUUAAUUGAGAACGUGUUGAGCCUAUGUGGCAGGCUCGCAUGCUUCGGGAUCCUAUGUGGCAAAAUUACAUGCUUCGUUAUUAGGCUUGGAUAAGUUUGGAUUAUCUAUAAAUAUGUUGAUUAUUUAUGGUAGGAGUGGGUGUGGUCCGGAACGAUCUUGGAUUUGAUUUGUCCGCAUACCCAUCCCACUUUUAUGACGGAAUGAGACACCGUCCCCAUGUAAUACAUGGGUGUUAUACUAGUUAGUGGUUAUAUAUGAACUUGGGAAUAAGAUCUAUGUUUUAUUUUA